UCUACCAGACCGCAAUCAGUGAUCGACAAUGAGUGGACGCGGCAAAGGCGGAAAAGGACUCGGCAAGGGAGGCGCCAAGCGUCACCGUAAAGUUCUCCGUGACAACAUCCAAGGCAUCACUAAGCCCGCGAUCCGCCGUCUGGCUCGCCGAGGUGGUGUCAAGCGUAUCUCGGGUCUGAUCUACGAGGAGACUCGCGGCGUGCUUAAGGUUUUCCUGGAGAACGUGAUCCGUGACGCCGUCACCUACACCGAACACGCCAAGAGGAAGACGGUGACCGCCAUGGACGUGGUCUACGCCCUGAAGAGGCAGGGACGAACCCUGUACGGCUUCGGAAGCUAAACUGCCCCUAACAGCAAUAACCAACGGCUCUUUUAAGAGCCACACA